AUGGAUUGUGGUGACUACUAAGCUAUGCUUAGCUGAGCUUCGCCGGGUGGUGAAUCUUAACCGGGUGCAUAGUGAUGGCGGUUCACUUCUAUAUAACACAAGCGACGAGCUGAGUGCGAAUGCAGAUCCCCCCAUUACCGUAUAUGUGCCCACAAAGGAACACGCAUCAUACAGCUGGGGAACGGAAGGUGUCGAAAUUGAAGUACUGGGAGGCAACCAAGUGGAACCGUAUUGGAAGCACCCUGACCAACACUGGCCAUGAAAUAACAGCCCGAGAGCGGAAUGAGACAUCGGGGGGACGGUUACGGAACGUCUGCAGUGGGCACUUCCAGGGCGUACUUAGUCCAAAAACAGGCGCUUAAUGAAAAUCGAAGGCAGAGAACGACUUCAGUGAAUCGAGAGACGGCGACCCUUUUGUACUUAGUAUGACAGCUG